AUGUACAAUUACAAAGAGAAUUUGAGAAAGUCUAGCUUUGAGGGUAGAGAUGUGGUGGGUCAGUUUUAUCACAUGGCUCAGAAGAGUGAUUAUGUGCACUGGACUCUUGCUGAGGAGGAUACAGGUAUGGUGACCCACCUUUUCAUGGCUCAUCCCGAUUCAGUGAGGCUACUACGUUCGUACUACUGGAUUAUCGAACUUCAUAAUUGCAUAUGCAAUUAUAUGAAGGAUGAGACUGAGGGGAGCUACAGAUGGGUGUUGGAGAGACUGAGGUGCUUGAUUGGGGACCAUAUUCAUCCGAGUGCUAUUCUUACUGAUCGGGAACUGGGGCUGAUCAGACCAGAUGUAGAAGAUAGGGUGUACAGAAUAAGUGGGAAAAACAAAGAAUUUUCUAAAAUUUUCAAGAAUAGUACCUGGAAGAAAAUUAUCACAGCGCCAACUUCGCAACAAUAUAACAUAGCUGUGGAAGCCUUCAGAGAUCGGUUUAAAGUUUUUCUAGGGUUGAUAGAGUACAUUGAGGAGACUUGGUUGGUGCACAGAGAGAAGUUUGUAUCCUGCUGGACGAACUUAGUCCUACAUUUUGGAAACACCACCACGCGUAGAGUGGAGAGCGCACAUGCUCAGCUAAACCAGUGGCUCAACUCUAGCACCGGUGCUCUGGACACAGUCUGGACGAAGGUCGACAAAGUUAUAGAGUCACAGCUGACAGAUAUCCGCAAAACACUUGAGGACUCCCGACGGACUAUGGGCGUCCAUCGACACGGUUUUCCAUUUGAUAAGCUCUCUUGCAGAGUGUCUCAUUACUGUCUGGAUUUAAUAUCGAAAGAACUAAAGCGUAUGCGAGAAUUGAGUACUGAAGUCUAUGAUUGUUGUGGUUGUGUGCUUAGAUCAACACAUCAGAUCCCCUGUGCAUGUAACCCGAUCAGUCUGGAGAGUAUUCACCCGUUUUGGACGGCAUUUGUUAUUCUCGGCGAUGGGAUGGACACAUGUUUACAUGCUGAUUAUGUUGGUUUUCGGUCGGAGGAACAUCAGUAUUUUCACGAGAUCUCUAAGGAUCCUUCAAUGUUGCGUGAUAUUUCUCGUAUUGUUCGCGAGCGACUUCACCUCGAAGACUUAGGUUAUAGGGAACCAGAAGUAAAGACCAAUGUCAGAAGUCGACCAAAGGGGAGCAAAUCAACUAAGCGAGAUCCGAGUCAUCAUGAGUACAAGGACCAUGUACGUGGUCGUCUUAAGUCUUCCCAAGGUAAGCAAAACCCUGCUUCCACGUCAGGAUUCAUUUUGCCAUUCGUUGAAGAACUUGUGGACGUGCGUGGGGACGGCAACUAUGGAUUUCGCGUCGUGGCGGACUACAUAUACGGUGACCAGAAGAUGUGGGGACUGACUAGAAUGAACAUUGCAAACGAACUUGCCGUCCACCCUUUUCAAUAUGAUGGUCUUUGCGCUGAUGGGUUAGAAGCGGCCAUUACACGUAUUAGUUGGGAAGGGGGAUACUGCGGCCCUCGCAACUGGAUGCAGGUAUUGGAUGACUUGUUCCCUAUUGUCACUCUUUUCAAUGCAUCUGUUAUUUACAUACAAGGCGGGACGCUACCAGAGAAGCGGUUCCGUUCAUGUACUGUUCUGCCUUUGCAUUCCACUGAGGUCCACUCACGACCAUUGAAAGAGAUAGUGAUAUUGUAUAUUAGUCGACGCGCUCACUUUGUUAGGUUGAAUUUACAGGAUAAUUUUCCUGUCCCACCAAUUCCCACCUUGUGGUUCGACCACAGGGACUAUAUUGUUGCGUUUUGGCAUACUUUAUAUGGUUGUAGGAGAGAUCAGUGGAUAAAUUGA